UCAUUCUGCAUUUGCUGAGCUGUUAAAAAGCUUCAUUGCACUGUGCAGCAAGACAACACUUCCAACCAACUUACAAAAAAAGAACAACAAUUACAAAAUGAAGAGCAUUCUCCGUGGGUGGCACCAUACUUUUUUUAAAUUUAAUCUAUAUUUUAAUAUAAAGAUUUUGGUUUUUAAUUUGGGGCUUUGGACAGGGUCAUAGAAAACACAGGUAAUUUUUGUUCUCGGAAUAAGCAGUAACUUUAACUUCUCAGUGUACGGUACAUAUGUAUGUACCAUUAUACACACACUUGAUGGUACUCGCACUAAUACAAACUUUGCACCGUAAGAAAAAUUGGUUGAAUCAUUCAUUGGCAUCUGUUCAGUAAUGAUAUUGAAAUCUGAAGAAGAACUGAAUUACGUUUGAAAAGUCAGGCCGCAUUAAUUCUUUAGAUAUUCAACUACGAUCAAAGGAAAACCACAAUACGCAGGUAUGUAAUAUCAUUAUCAGGAAAAAACACAACCUUGAAUGACAGAGCUGCCAAGAUUUUAAUUUUAUUUUUUUCUCAACAAAAUUGUUCACUAGAACAGAUUUUUUUUGAAAAGAUAACGUGGGUUCUUUUUGGUUCACAUCGUUCAAUAAGUAAUUAGCCAAUCUGCAAGGGAUUGAUUUUUGUUAAUUUCAUAAUCUCAAAUUCUGUUGUUUAUGUUAUCACAAUUUAAUUGUUCGAUGUAAAAAAAGAAGAAAUAUUCCAAUUUAAAGACUUAGAGAAAGACAUGCGCAAGAUAAAGCGGAACACGUCUUCUGCAAAAAAAAGUAUACACUCAAGUAUAAAAGGAGUUAAAAUAUUGGUUUAUUUCACUCAUUUUGGCAGACUACAAUUUGUAAGGGUUGUCGGCAAAUUUUGGAGCAGUGCAGAAUUCAAAUUUUGACGUGUGAAGUCCUGAUACAAGACAAAUGUCUGAAGCUGUGAUUCACGGAAUUGCCGCACUGAAACAAGUGCAUCUGAGUCUGGGUGUUGUGGGAACCAUCGGGAAUGCUCUGGUAUGCUUGACGAUACUGAAAACCAAAGCACUGCACAAUGUCACCAACUACAUGAUCUUGAAUCUAGCCAUAGCAGAUGCCAUCGCUUCAAGUAUUACUAUUUUGGAACAAACAAUCAUGGAAAAUCAUCGCUUAGGGAUCGGUAUUUUUGGUUAUUGCACUCCCUCGUUCAUCUACAAUUUCAAAGCCUUUUUCAUCUUCUCAUACUUUCAGAGGGUAUCUUUUUCAAACUCUGUUUUUGCUCUGACUUUGGCUACGUUUGAGCGUUACAUCGGCAUCAUCAAGCCUCUGCAUUAUUUUACCUUCUUCACCAAACGACGACUGAUCAGCAUGCUUCUCUUCAUGUGGUUGGCUCCAUCUCUGACGGAGGUAUUCACGCCAAUCUUCUACAUCAUCACUUAUGAAGCAGAUAACUGUACUGUACCAUCCGCUGAGAAGUAUCCAAUUGCUCGGGCUUCUGGUAUAGUGAGACUCAUUUUUGACUUCAUAAUACUAUCCAUUGCACUGGCUUACAUGUACGCCAGAAUCCUGAUCAAUCUGAAGCGAGGAGCUAGGCAUCUUGAGAACCAAGGCAUCCAGGGGCAACAGUCUCAAGAGCUGCACCAAGCCCACAAGAAAGUCACCAAAUCUCUUCUCCUGGUCCUCGCAGCUUUCUUCAUUCUCAUUCUACCGAGUCAAAUCCUGAGGAAUGUCCUCACUUUCUCCAACUUGUAUGGUGGAGAUUACUUUGCUGCCGAGCUUCUCAGCACUUUAAUAUUUUGUCUAUCAUCCAUGAAUUCUGCCAUCAACCCUAUCAUGUACGGUUUGAGUUAUGGUCAAUUGCGACGCGCAUGCAUUGCCAUGUUGUGUCCGUUUGAUCGUUGCAAACGAUCAAAUCAAGUUGCACAGAAUUUCACUUAAUCUGAAUCUGAUUAAAUACAGUUAACACAACUGGCCCCUCAUAUCACACCAACUUGAGAUAACAUCUCAGGUGGACCAGCGUUAUACACACAUUUCCAUAUCACACCAAUUAUUCAAAGUUUAAAAACACUCUAA